GGCUCCGCCGCUCAGACUGAUUCUGAAGAGAGAAGUGGGGGGCGUCAUCGACAAAACCCGGGAUCCACUCCCGGCGGAGCAGAAACCUGACCGCGGUUCGGGAGCAUGUGCCACCGGCUCCAGAUGCCAGACUAUGUUUAAACUUUUGGUUCUGCUCAGCUCUCUGCCUACUAUUACUUUGGCGUUUCCUCCUUGCACAAGAAGUCCCCCAGAGUCUACACAUGCAGGAAAAGAAGUCUUUACAUCCAAAGAAGAAGCCAGUGUCUUCAUCCAUAGACGUCUCCUCCAUAACAGAUUUGACUUGGAACUCUUCACUCCUGGAGAUCUGGAAAGAGAGUGUAAUGAGGAACUGUGCAACUAUGAGGAAGCCAGGGAAAUAUUUGGAGAUGAAGACAAAACGAUGGAGUUUUGGCAGGAUUAUUCAGUUCGAGGACCAAGCACCCGCUCAAAUGGUGAGAGAGAGAAGAUCGAUGUUAUGGGACUUCUGACUGGAUUAAUUGCAGCUGGAGUGUUCUUGGUUGUCACUGCAUUACUUGGGUACUAUCUCUGCAUCACCAAAUGUACAAGAAGAAGGCAGCCAUGCUCCUCAGCUGUCUAUAUAAGAACGGGUCGACAUCAUCCGACCAUUAUCUUCAGAAGACAAGAGGAAUCUGCCUUAACCCCAUCGCCUCUUCCCCUGGACGACUCAGGACUACCUUCUUAUGAGCAAGCUGUGGCAUUGACUGGGAAAUACGAUGUUCCCCCACCUCCCUAUCCUGGGCCAGCAAGAGGAUUUAAGGUGUUUAAAAAGUCCAUGUCGCUACCUUCCCACUAA